AGUCACGUGACCUCCGUCGCUUCGUCCUUCGCCGGGUCGCCAUCAUGCAAGCACUGAAGCAGGCAUGUACUGGGUUUGCUAGGGCAACAAAAGUUGCCUUUGCAUCCCCAAUUUCUCAACAAAAUGCUACAAACUUUUUGCCCGCUGUGUACACCACCCACAGGAAUUAUGCCAAAGAGGCCCCAAAACCUCAAGCUGGGGUAGCAGCAGGAAGGAUUGUUGCUGUGAUUGGAGCCGUCGUGGAUGUGCAGUUUGACGACAAGCUCCCAUCCAUCCUCAAUGCCUUGGAGGUGCAGAACAGGUCACCCAGGCUUAUCCUGGAGGUUGCUUCUCAUUUGGGAGAGAACACUGUCCGAACAAUUGCUAUGGAUGGUACUGAGGGACUCAUUCGUGGUGAGCCCUGUGUUGAUACUGGCACUCCCAUCAGGAUCCCUGUCGGCCCCAAGACCCUUGGCAGAAUCAUCAACGUCAUUGGCGAGCCUAUUGAUGAGAGGGGCCCAAUUGACACUGAGCACUAUGCUGCCAUUCACCAAGAGGCUCCAGAGUUUGCUGACAUGAGUGUCCAGCAAGAAAUUCUUGAGACUGGCAUCAAGGUUGUGGAUCUGUUGGCUCCCUAUGCUAAGGGAGGAAAAAUUGGUCUCUUUGGCGGUGCCGGUGUCGGAAAGACUGUACUUAUCAUGGAGUUGAUCAACAACGUGGCUAAGGCUCACGGUGGUUACUCUGUCUUCGCUGGUGUGGGUGAGAGGACUCGUGAAGGAAAUGAUCUCUACCAUGAGAUGAUUACCUCCAAGGUCAUCAGUUUGACUGAUGAUACUUCCAAGGUGUCCCUUGUGUACGGUCAAAUGAAUGAGCCCCCAGGCGCCCGUGCUCGUGUCGCUCUCAGUGGUCUGACCGUGGCUGAGCAUUUCCGUGACCAGGAAGGCCAGGACGUGCUUCUCUUUAUUGACAACAUUUUCAGAUUCACACAGGCUGGUUCUGAGGUGUCUGCCCUGCUGGGUCGUAUCCCAUCUGCUGUGGGUUACCAGCCCACUCUGGCCACUGACAUGGGUAGUAUGCAGGAAAGAAUUACCACCACCAAGAAAGGGUCCAUCACAUCUGUACAGGCCAUUUUCGUCCCUGCUGAUGACUUGACUGAUCCUGCCCCUGCCACCACAUUUGCCCAUCUUGACGCCACCACUGUACUGUCUCGUGGUAUUGCUGAGUUGGGUAUUUACCCCGCUGUGGAUCCUCUGGAUUCCAACUCCCGUAUCCUUGACCCCAACGUCGUCGGAGAUGAGCACUAUGCUACUGCCAGAGCUGUGCAGAAAAUCCUCCAGGAUUACAAGUCCCUGCAGGACAUCAUUGCCAUCCUGGGUAUGGACGAGUUGUCAGAAGAAGACAAGCUGACUGUUGCACGUGCUCGUAAGAUGAUGAAGUUCCUCUCCCAGCCCUUCCAGGUGGCUGAGGUUUUCACUGGCUCUGAGGGCAAAUACGUGCCCCUGAAGGAGACCAUCAAGGGUUUCAAGAUGCUUAUCGCCGGUGAGCUGGAUCAUUUGCCAGAGGUCGCCUUCUACAUGGUUGGAAGCAUUGAGGAGGUCGUAGAGAAGGCUGCAAGGCUAGCUGAGGAGCAGUCAUGAGCAUUUUGUACCCAACUGUAGACCUGCCUAGAAUCAUUUGUGUGUUUUGUUAGUAUGGAGUGUGCAUGAUGAUUGGGCCUGAGCAACAGCUAGGAAAUUUUUCCCUGUUCUUUCAGUGUCUGUUUAAUUUGUGAUAUGGCAAGAUGUGUGGUCCAAACGAAAGUGUGUGGGUUUGAGGGGGGGAGUUUGUUCUUUGAUAGUUAACACACAAAAAAAAAGACAUUGUAUCUGAGUUGGAUGUUCUUGUAGUUCCAGCAAACUGUGACAGACAGCCAGUUAUGAUUUCAUCUCUUGGUUGACUGAAUGACUAUGUGGGUGAAAUUGUUCAGAAUAAAUUCUUUACCAAUAACA